GAGCAUCCUCGCCCCUGGAGCGGGCGCCCCAGAGCCGGAGGCAUGAUGCGGCUGCGAGGCUCGGCGAUGCUUCGGGACCUGCUCCUGCGGCCGCGCGCCGCCGCCUGCGCGGCUCUGAGGCGGGCGCAGCCCUUCGCCACCCUGUGCCGGCGCCCCCGGGGCGGGGAACCGGCGGCCGCGGGCCCGGCGGCCGCCGCGCGCCUGCACCCCUGGUGGGGCGGGGGCGGCCGGCCGGCGGGGCCCCCGGCGCUGGGCAUGUCCAGCUCCCCCUCGGAGAUCCUGCAGGAGCUGGGCAAGGGGGGCGCGCAGCCGCCGCAGCAGCCGCCGCCGCAGCAGCCCGGGGCGUCGCCGCCGCCCGCGGCCCCGCCGGCGCCCGGCCCCAAGGACGGCCUGGGGGAGACGGACGCGUUCGGCAACAGCGAGGGCAAGGAGCUGGCCGCCGCGGGCGAAAAUAAAAUAAAACAGGGUCUGUUACCUAGCUUGGAAGAUUUGCUGUUCUAUACAAUUGCAGAAGGACAAGAGAAAAUACCUGUCCAUAAAUUUAUUACAGCACUCAAAUCUACAGGAUUGCGAACGUCUGAUCCCAGGUUGAAAGAGUGUAUGGAUAUGUUAAGAUUAACUCUUCAAACAACAUCAGAUGGUGUCAUGCUAGACAAAGAUCUUUUUAAAAAAUGUGUUCAAAGCAACAUUGUUUUGUUGACCCAAGCAUUUAGAAGAAAGUUUGUCAUUCCUGACUUUAUGUCUUUUACCUCACACAUUGAUGAGUUAUAUGAAAGUGCUAAAAAGCAGUCUGGAGGAAAGGUUGCAGAUUAUAUUCCUCAACUAGCCAAGUUCAGUCCUGAUUUAUGGGGUGUAUCUGUUUGUACAGUAGAUGGACAGAGGCAUUCUAUUGGAGAUACCAAAGUUCCAUUUUGUCUUCAGUCCUGUGUAAAACCUUUGAAAUAUGCCAUUGCUGUUAACGAUCUUGGAACAGAAUAUGUGCAUCGAUAUGUCGGGAAGGAGCCAAGUGGAUUAAGAUUCAACAAACUCUUUUUAAAUGAAGACGAUAAGCCACACAAUCCUAUGGUAAAUGCUGGAGCAAUUGUUGUGACUUCAUUAAUAAAGCAAGGAGUGAAUAAUGCUGAGAAAUUUGACUAUGUGAUGCAGUUUUUGAAUAAGAUGGCCGGUAAUGAAUAUGUUGGAUUCAGUAAUGCAACGUUUCAGUCUGAAAGAGAAAGUGGAGAUCGAAAUUUUGCAAUAGGAUAUUACUUAAAAGAAAAAAAGUGUUUUCCAGAAGGCACAGAUAUGGUUGGUAUAUUAGACUUCUAUUUCCAGCUCUGCUCUAUUGAAGUAACUUGUGAAUCAGCCAGUGUAAUGGCUGCAACACUGGCUAACGGUGGUUUCUGCCCAAUUACUGGUGAAAGGGUACUGAGCCCUGAAGCAGUUCGAAAUACACUGAGUUUGAUGCAUUCCUGUGGCAUGUAUGAUUUCUCAGGGCAGUUUGCUUUCCAUGUUGGUCUUCCUGCAAAAUCUGGGGUUGCUGGGGGCAUUCUUUUAGUUGUCCCCAAUGUCAUGGGCAUGAUGUGCUGGUCUCCUCCUCUGGACAAGAUGGGCAACAGUGUUAAGGGAAUUCACUUUUGUCAUGAUCUUGUUUCUCUGUGCAAUUUCCAUAAUUAUGAUAAUUUGAGACACUUUGCAAAAAAACUUGAUCCUCGAAGAGAAGGUGGUGAUCAAAGGCAUUCCUUUGGACCAUUGGACUAUGAAAGUCUGCAACAAGAACUUGCUUUAAAAGAGACAGUAUGGAAAAAAGUGUCACCUGAGUCAAAUGAGGACAUCUCUACAACUGUAGUAUAUAGAAUGGAAAGUCUGGGAGAAAAAAGCUAAAGAAAUGGUUUCUAGUUUCAGAAUGUUCUUCAUUUAACCUUUCAGACAUCUUUAGCUUUUUUUGCAUCAAGCAUCUUUAGCUUUUUUGCAUACUAUAAAUAUUUAUUUGAGUUUUUUUUGUGUUCUCAAUUUUGGGUGCUGGAACCAUAAAGCUUUUUUUCUUUCAAUCUCUGUUAAUACAUUGAAAAGUGGAUUUGUUGGUCUUUUAAAAAGUAUUUAUAAGUAAAUAAAGCAAACUUGCUUUAUUUUAAAAAAUGCUAAAAGGAAAAAUUUCUUUUAAAUUUUCCUUAAUGUAAUUAAAAUUUGUAACUAUACAGUUAGAUAGUUCCAGUUUAGAAUAGUAACAGAACUUUGUAAUUCCUGGUUCUAAAAUCCACACAUUUAACUCACCAGUUUUGUUGAAUUUUGUUUUUUCUUUUCCAGUUUUAAAACUGACAGUUACAUAGUGGCAAUAGAAAGUAUUUCUAUGCUAAAUACAAAACUAAAAAAGUCCAUAUAAUGAGUUGCAGAUUAUUUAAUAUAGCAGAUGAUAAAAUUAGCUUAAGUUUACAUCUUAUACCAUUUUUAGUGAUAGAUUGGGCUUAAAUUUUAAAAUUCAUUUAAAAUUUUAUCAAACACUUUAAAAUAUAAAUUGUGUCUUGCUUUUUUACUUUGCAACUCCUUUGUUCUGUCAGAAUUGUUAUGUAUAGGAGUGUUUUAUGUUACUAAACCAUUCCAGCCAAAGAAUUUCAGAUGUAAGAUAAAUGACAUGUUUCACUGUUAAAAAGCUAUAAUGGUUACUCAGAAGCAGUGACAGUGAGUGUCUUCAUGUGAAAUGUUUACCUGAACAAUUAUAUUUUGGUAUUAUCCAUGUUACUUUUUCUAUGUUAUAUUUAAGUAUGAAUGGUGAAUUUUGUUUUUUUAGCUUUUAAUAAUUUUAUUAUCCUAAUAAUUUCACAAAUGCUAAUGAGUCUUACUAUACAUUAUAACAUCUUGUAGAGUUUUUUCUAUUUGAACUCUUAGAGUACUUAGGAAAUGAAUGAAUUCAGUCUCAAGGUAGUAAGUAUGCUACUAAAAUAUUUGCUAGAUCUGGAUCCUUUGUUUGGUUAUAUUGAGAAUCAAAACUUGUUUUUAAGAGAAGGUCUGUACGUUCUACACAACCUGAUUUCAAAUAAUUCUCAAUAUUUAGUUUGUCUUGGCAAAGUGAGUGUAAAGUUUUGUAGGACCUAUUCACACUUUUUCCUUCCUCCAUAUACCUAUCCAGUUCUCUCCACAUUUCCCCAUAGCUUCAAGCUUGGUAGUUUUUGAAUUUUAUUCAUUUUUAAACUUGUAAACUUUGGAGGGGCAGAAAUGAGGUAUAGAAAGAGAAUUUGUUUCAUGACACCUAUGUGAUAGGUUAAAGUCUGUAAAAGUAACUAUAGCACAGCAAAAAAGAUUUCAUUGGGUAAUUUCAAUACUAGUGCAAAUAUAGAUAAUUCUGAUCAUAUGAGUUUGGGAACUUUGAUAAUAGGAAAAGAAGUUCCCUCCCAAAGGUGUUGGUCACAUGCCUUUGGACUAGCUUAAGUAUUGAACUCAUAUGUUCAAAUAAUUUAUGUUUUAAAGGAUCUUUACGAAGGAUUGUAUGUUAUUUGAACAUUCUUCUAAUAUACAGAUGCAUAUCCUAAUUGGAUGCUUCUAGUUUUGCCACUUACCGGAGGGUGGUGUGUUGAAGGCUUUACCUCUGCCACACCCUUGGAACAGUGUUGUUUGUGUUAGUUCCAUGAGACUAUUUUUGGUUUGAGGAACUGGAUACUUUGAUAACUUGCAUUAAAAAUUUAUCUUUUCCCCAUGCUUUAAAUUGUUUCAUCUUUCUUCAUUUGAAAGUUAGCCCUAUUUAUAAAAUGAAAUUUUAAAAUUUCAUAUUGUAUCAGUAUUUGUAUGGAUUUUAAAGUUUAUGUUAAUUUGUGGUGACUAUUACUACGUUGGUAAGGCUUCAGUGCAUGUUUAUCAACCGUACUUAGGGUUUUCUAGACUACUCUGUUUAUAGAAUCUUGUUAAAAAUCAGCAUCCAGAAAUUUUUGUAGAAAGGUAAAAAUGGAAGAGGAAAAAUAUUGUGAAUAGGCCCCCAAACUUUACUUUAAAAAAUAAAGAAAAGGAAAAUCUUUGCCAGAUUUAAGGACAUUAUUUUUGUUCCUUCAGUAUUUUUAAUGCCUUUUCAAAUAAAGUCCUCAAGUACCCAGUAUUGUUGGAUUUAAUGUUUCCUGCCAUUACCAGUUCUUGAUAUUCAAGCAUUUAGAAGUUAGCAUGUAUUUUUCCUUUUUUUUCAUCAUUAAUAUUUCAUUUGAAAUGCAUAUCCUCCUGAAAUACUUUAUUUUUAGCAUAAAUGUUGUGCAUUUUACCUUAGUGUUUGGAUUAAAACAUUUGUGUUAUUUAGCUUUCUUUCAUUUGCUUUGUAUAUUUAAUAAUGUACCUUUUAUUUUGCAGUAUGCCUACUUUUUGUAUUGUACAAUAAAUUUAUUUUAAGCUGAUUUUAUUGGUUU